GUUUUAUUUAUUUUCUGCCGAAGCUUCAACACUUAAAUAGCGGGCGAAUUGUGGUUAUACGUUCAGUUGCCUAUCAUCAGCUCCAUGAAAUGGCAUCUUUGCCCUACUUCCUAAGCCUAAUUGUGCCGCUUUUUAUCCUGCAAGUACCUCAGCCAGGCGAUUGCUCGCAGCAGGCUGUCUUUCGGAGGUCCAAACAAAAAUACCUCGCGAAUAAUGUUAUCGAGACAAAACAAGCAGAGACCGAGUCGGAAUGCGGGAUGUAUUGUGUUCGACAUGAAACAUGUGCGUCGGCAAAUUACAAAACGUCUGGAAUCGGCAAAGGUCGUUGUGAACUCAACACCAUAUCCAGCGAUGCAGAAAAAGAAACGAACCCUGAAUUCAACCACCUUGUUAUUGUCAAGAGAAGUUCUGCUGAAAGAAGUGAAGAACCGUCACAGGCUACACCAGAAACGCUGAACGCGUCGACGAUUACGUCUCCGAUAAAGAAGGAAAAGAAAGAGUCUUUCAUCUCCUGCAAAGAUAUCUUAGCAAAAUACAAAAAUUCCAUUAAUGGGGAGUACAGGCUAAAGUCGAACACUUCAGAUGAAAUUUACGACGUUUAUUGUCACAUGACUAAUAUCACGACGUGCGGUGGAGGAGGCUGGUCACUAGUGUUGAAGAUAAACGGAGAAAAUCUAACAUUCGCUCACCAUUCUUCCCUGUGGAUGAACAACGAGACAUUAGCAGUUCAAGAUGGUUUGGAAGGAUUAGAAGAGAAAGAAAGCAAGUUGGCUUCGUACUGGAAUACUCCGUUCACAAAAAUAUGCCUUGGUAUGUCUUAUAACGGACACAGACACUGGAUGGUUUUUAAUUACACCGCAAGUUCGCUGUACAGCGUGAUCGCAGACAGAAAAUUUACAGAAACGACCGCUGGUGCAGCUGCUUGGAAGUCUCUGAUCUCAAGUUCAAAUCUACAAGCCAACUGCAAUAAAGAGGGGUUUAAUGUACGGGCAAAUGGCGGUUCUUUAAGAUCACGCAUCGGAAUUUUUGCUAAUGGCGAGAAGGGGUGUGAAACGUGCGAGUCUUGGCUGGGAUUCGGCAGUGGGUACUACUAUAAUGGAAUUAGCCAAAAAAUGGUCCUUUCCUGUGGUAAUAUUUUUCCAGUUGCCAUUGAUGACGAUGAUGAUGAUGAUGAUGAUGAUAAUGGUGACAUCUCUGCAAAAAAUGGUAAUAAACAUUUCGCCGCAUUUGGAUACAUUUUUGUUCAGUAAAAACGAACCGUUAAACGAUUAUGAAUUGAUAAGUCAUUGAUACGUUCAAUAUUUAAAAAAACUCUUAAAUUAUAACUAAUGUGAUUAUGUGAUUUCGAUAUCUGUGGAUAUAUGCUUAAUGAUGGCCAUGCAUGCAAUAUACAUCAAUUACAAGCUUCAAACGGCACAGGCUUGUACUGAUAUUACCAUAUGUAAUAUUCUUUGUUGAC